CCGUGAUAUGACAAGAAUUAAGAACAUUAUUGUUAAAAUUAUCAUUUAUAGGUAUCAGACUAUUGGAAAACAUGAGAACCUCUAAAAAGAUGUUAGCUUAAUGCUAUGUAUUAAAGGGAAAUAGGUUAAGAGUAAAUAAUAUAAAAAUGUAUGCCAAACUAUAUAGGCUGCUGUCACUGCAAUGCUGCUAGCUAUUAACCUAUUGUUCCUACUACCACAAUAGGCUGUUCGUACUUUUGUGAUAUUUCUACCGCUAAACCUGGUUUAAAGAAGCCGAAUAGAAAGAAAGAGAAUAAUGCUCUAAUUAACUCUCUGUUCAUUUAUAUCUCAGACUAAGUGUGGCCCAAUAUUUACAGAAAAUAUUAAUGUAAUGUAAUAUUAAUUAGUACAAACAGCAUAUACUGAAUAAAUAAGAAAACAUUUGCCAGGAGCUCUUUCUCAGUACUUUUAGAGAAGGUUGUCCGUCUUCAUGAUGACUAAGCUGUCCGUGAUUGCAAGAGAAGCAUACAGAAGAAAGAAAAAAAUAAAAUGUCUAAUCUGAAAAGGCCAAGUUAUAUUAUUUCAGUCUGUAUAAAUUUGCAUCAUAAUCAUCAAAAAAUUACAGAUGACUGAACUCAAUUAAUGUUGCAGUAACAGCUUGAGUGGAAAAUUAUUUAAUUGAGGGUGAACAAAACCCCUGGAGGAACUGAACUAGCUGACAGAAGGAAAAAAACAGAUAAAAGCAGGAACAGACUACUCACCUGAGAAAACAACCAAUCAAACGAGACUGGGGGCGUUACCAGGGAAACAGAUAAAGCAGGUAUGACAGGUGACAUCUUGACAUAAACCAAGGGCAAACAGACAAGAAAGGAGAAGAAAAGAGUAGUUUAAAAGCUCAGAGACCUUCGUUUGGAUCAGCUCACCCACUGCACUGAAUACCUGUGACGGACUCAGCAAGCAAAGGACUUUCACGGGCUGAAAGAAGUCGCUGCAAAAAGAUUUUGACACAGAAAGGAAGGACAACCAAAGGCAAAGGUAGAGGUGAGAAGAAACUCUGCCUUGACAAUGUCGUCAUUUGAGGCUCAGGGCCAGUCUCCUCCUCGGUGUGGCCCGCAGUUCCCUAGCCUCGGCCAGGAGCCCCCUGAACUCAGCAUGUACAGUGACUGUUACUACCCUCCUCCCUCGCUGCCGAGCCCUCAGCGCACCACACCGACCUCCUACGACCUGAGCGACUACACCACCUCCUCCCCAAACCCCUACCUCUGGUUCAACGGCUCCGGGAUCAACACACCACCAUACCUGGCUACCACCGGCCCGCCUGGGAACCCCGGCCCCCCCUUUGUCCCUCAGCACUACGGCAUGCAGAGGCCUUACCUGGGUCCGGCUGGUGCUGGAGGUCCAGGAGGGGAGCUGAGCUGGUUCUCCCUACCCUCACAAGAAGACUUGAUGAAGCUUGUCAGGCCACCUUAUUCCUAUUCCGCUCUCAUCGCCAUGGCUAUCCACGGAGCACCAGACAGGAGACUGACACUGAGUCAGAUUUACCAGUACGUUGCUGAUAAUUUCCCUUUCUACAAUAAGAGUAAAGCAGGCUGGCAGAAUUCCAUCAGACACAACCUGUCACUCAAUGACUGCUUCAAAAAAGUACCAAGAGAUGAGGACGAUCCAGGCAAAGGCAACUACUGGACACUUGACCCAAACUGUGAAAAGAUGUUCGACAAUGGAAACUUCCGCCGCAAAAGGAAGAGGAAGUCCGAUUCCCUCUCCGGUGGUGAGGGUGGCUCAGGAGCCCCUGAGUCAGGUGACAGCGAGAGGGGCAGCCCUAAACACUCUGGCAACCCGGCCCUUAACAUCUCUCCCACACCGGACAGGAUUCCCUCCCCUUCAUCGUCAGGUCCCGCACCUUGUCUGAGCAGCUUCUUAUCAGAGAUGUCUGGGGUGACCACUGGAGCAGCUAAUGAGGUGGGAGGCGAUGGGUUAAACAGGCCACUGCCGAUCAACCUUCCUAUAGAUGGGCCUCAUAGGCACGCACAGCCUGGAAGCUUUAGUAGCUACUCCCCCAACUCAGCCGGCCCAGAGUGGGUACCACAAGUUCCAGCUCCCACCGUGCUCUCCUCUUCACCCACCCACUCCUCCCUAGCGUACACCAGCCCCAUCCUCAGCCAGUACAGCGGGUCCAGUGGGCAUUUCUAUCCUCCACUGGGCUCGACAGGAAUCAUCUACCAUCGCGAGGGCACAGAGGUUUAAUAAGACAUUAAGAAGGGAAAAUGGGUGGUUCGACAAGACUCUUUACAGGAAAAUUUUUACCUGUCUGAUGACUUUUGUGUUAGAGAGCUUCUGUUGUUGUUGUGAAAGGCAAUACACACACAAACACACACACACAAAGUAUGUUUGCGCUGACUGAGACAGUUGAGAUCACUAUAGCGUGUGACAGUGGAGUAAAAAGGCUUUGAUUCCCACAGGAACAGCUGAGUCAGCAGCAAAACUACGAGUGUCACUCCCUGAAACCGCUGCCGGCCUCACUAUCAGAUCCACAGUCAGCUUUUAUUCUAACCGGAGCUAGUCUCUAUCAGAUCUGACUCAUUAUUAACAGAUCCCAGAUCUGAUCUGCUGACAUCAGGUCAUUCCACACUGCUAUCAGUGAUUCUUUCAUGGUAUCACCCAUGCAAUGCUCAGACAGCACAUUUAGAAGAGUAGUUAAAUUACACCAUUGUCUACAAACUGUGUUGGUGCUGCCUUUAUAGAAUCAACAAAAGGUUAAAGGCAGAUUUUUUUGUCAUGUUCUUUUCUGUAGUGCUAAAACUAAACAAUCUGAUGAACUUACAGUCUUGGAGUGAUGCACAUUUUACUUUGUAAAUAUGUCUGUGUUGUGUAAUGUUAGACAUUUAUAUUGUUGGCUUGUUGGUACAACUGUUAUUGUAUAAAAUAGAUUCAAAAUGUAAUGUUUAUGUUGUGUUUUUGAUAUGAAUAAAAUGUUUUAGAGUC